AUGCCUCAAGCCUGUACUUACUGUCAGAGGCGCCCACGAGCAGUUCCGGGCGACCCCUUUUCCCCAGGCCAGCUGUUGCGCGAGCCCGACUCCUGGAUACCUCCCGAGCCGGUCUCCAGCGACUACAAGACCCGAAAUGCGCUGCUCCACUCUUCCGACGACAAGAUGUGCGCUCUUCCCAAACCCUCGAGCGGCGCGUUUCUGACCACGGCCUGCAUGGCGAGGACGGGAACAAGGGCCGCGGCGUCGACGCAGGGUGCCGUCUGCCCCGGCAUGAUGUUGGCGUGGCAGUUGACGCAUCAUGUCAUCGCUGCCGGGGCGCGGGCGAGCAACACCUGCUGCACGCGGCGCAGUACAUGUACGCCAGGGAAACCUGGCCGAUAUGAUUCCCUCGUACCUCGGCGACAGCGUGAAAAAUGGCGCGCACCGUUCCGGUCGAGAUGCACUACGGGGGUCCAUCGUCGCGGUCGGGUUGAGGAAUCGUUGGGGGGGGGGGGGGGGGGGGGGGCGACUUGUGGGAGUAGUGGUACGGGGAAAGAGAAUCUGGUGGCGCAGCGACAUGAGGAGGACGCGGGAUGUUCUGUCAGAAAUGUGGAUCCUCAGGCAGGUCGCCAAGAGUUCAUCACAAACGAGUGGUACGAGCGCAAGAAGCACGCCUUUUUUGCACCGUUGAGUCGGCCGAGAGCCGGGCCAACAUGUCGCAUGUUAGGGGUACCUGCUGACGGAGAGAAUGGCGGCGGAUUUGCGAUGUGUUGA